UUAGUUCCUUGUUUAUGUUUGCUGCGUCAGGUAGUCUCGACUUACCCUCCGUCUCUGAAACAGCUACCAGAAACAAAUAAUCUACUUUUUAGACGAAUUUGAUUUUGUUGUAAUUAUCUGAUGGGUUGUGUCAAUCAUUAACACUAAGACAUAAACCAAACGCGAAGGGGGAAAUGACACGCUUCGCCCAGAUUCUUCAAGUUGUGGCGGCAAUAGUAGGCCUUUGUGUCGUCGCUGCAGUGAACGCCCAAGAUGAAGAGGCUCCAAACAUUACGUGUCCUGAAAAUAUAGUCAAUAAUACAGACCCCACUUUGCCAUAUGCCACUGUCGUCUGGUCUGACCCUAUUGUCACAGGCAACUCUGGACAGGACGCCACAUUCUUUGGAGAUGAAAAAUCAGGAUCUACCUUCGACAUUGGUUCCCAUGUUGUGAUUUAUAACGCAACAGAUAGCAGCAACAACACUAAUUAUUGCAACUUCACCAUCCAAGUUAUAGAUGAUGAAUCUCCCAAUAUAACAUGUCCCAGCAAUCAGACAGUUAUGACAGAUCUGGGUCAGAAUUAUGCAACAUUUACCUUACCUGCGGAGGACUUUUCCAUUGACAACUCUGGACUUUCUCCUGAUGUUACCGUCGAUGUGAAUGGCGCAGCCUACAUCAUUGGAGACACUGUUGUAUUGAAUCUUGCAAGCAUGCCACAUUUAGUGCAGUACACAGCCACAGACAACUCGACCAACAAUGCCUCUUGUGAUUUCUACAUCGCAGUUAUAGAUAAAGAGGCUCCAAACAUAAAGUGUCCUGAAAAUAUAGUCAAUAAUACUAAGCCUGGUUCACCAAACGCCACUGUCGUCUGGUCUGACCCUAUUGUCACAGACAACUCUGGACAGGACGUCACAUUCUUUGGAGAUGAACAUUCAGGAUCUACCUUCGACAUUGGUUCCCAUGUUGUGAUCUAUAACGCAACAGAUAGCAGUAACAACACUAAUUAUUGCAACUUCACCAUUCAAGUUAUAGAUAACGAGCCUCCUAGCAUUAAUGGCUGCCCUGAUGAUGCGAUAAUUCCUGCCGCGUCAACCAUUCCGGUACCUCACUCAUGGGUCCCUCCAGUCUUCUCGGAUAACUCUGGUCAGUCUGUUGAUGUGGAGUUUGGUUGCUUAGCAACCAUCUCCAAUGACUGCCAUCAAGAUGGAUACGGAAAUUUCUCAGUUGGAGAUACCAAGGUGAUGACCAAAGGAACAGAUGCGUCUGGAAAUCAGAAAUUCUGUAACUUCACCGUCACAAUCAAAGAGGUUGAUCUAGUCUGCCCGUUGAAUAAGACGUUCUCAACUGAUCCUGGCUCUAGUACAGCCAUAGUCAGCUGGCAUGAACCGGAUCUAACUGGAUGGGACGAGACAAACUUCACAUCAAGUGCUGUUUCCGGACUGGUACAUCCGAUUGGUUCACAGAGAGUGACAUAUCAGCAGUGGUUUGGAAUCAACAAUCUGGUUCUGACAUGCUCUUUUGAAGUUGACGUUGUCGAUACGGAACCUCCCACAAACAACUGUCCUACUGACGUCAUCCUCCCAUGGUUAUCAGACACACCUGAUGUAUCUUAUGCAUGGAGCCCUCCAUUCUUCUCAGACAAUUCUGCUGGUGUCCGACUUGUUGGCGGAAGCGUCCUAUCUGAAGGUAGAGUUGAAGUAUUCUAUGGUGGCCAAUGGGGCACUGUAUGUGAUGAUUCAUGGGACAUCACAGACGCAAGCGUUGUGUGCAGACAACUUGGCUUCUCUAGAGCUAUUACCGCAUGGAGCAGCUCACAAUUCGGACAGGGAACAAGUCGAAUACUCAUGGACAACGUCAACUGCAAUGGGAGUGAGCACCGACUGCAAGAUUGUGCUUUUCCAGGCUGGGGUUCCCACAAUUGUGGCCAUUCAGAAGAUGCUUCAGUGACUUGUGACCCAGACGUCCGGCUUGUUGGUGGAAGCGUCCCCUCUGAAGGUAGAGUUGAAGUAUUCUAUGACGGCCAAUGGGGCACUGUAUGUGAUGGUGAAUGGAACAUCACAGACGCAAGUGUUGUGUGCAGACAACUUGGCUUCACUGGAGCUACUAAUGCUUGGCAGAGCGCAUACUUUGGACCGGGAACGGGUCAAAUACUCAUGGACGACGUCAACUGCGAUGGAAAUGAGGAACAACUUCAAGAUUGUGCUUUUCGGGGCUGGAGUUCCCACAAUUGUAGUCAUGGAAAUGAUGCUUCAGUGACGUGUGAGCCAGAUGAUGUGCGGCUUGUUGGUGGAAGCAUCCCCUUUGAAGGUAGAGUUGAAGUAUUCUAUGACGGCCAAUGGGGCACUGUAUGUGAUGAUAACUGGGACAUCACAGACGCAAGCGUUGUGUGCAGACAACUUGGCUUCACUGGUGCAACUUCUGCGAGGCAGAAUGCACACUUUGGACAAGGAGCAGGUAAAAUACUCAUAGACGACGUCAACUGCAAUGGAAAUGAGCAACGACUGCAAGAUUGUGCUUUCCGGGGCUGGGGUUUCAACGACUGUUCACAUUCAGAUGAUGCUUCCGUGACCUGUGAAUCAGAUGACUUGUCUAUGAAUCUUGGUCAGUCUGUUGAUGUGGUGUUUGGUUGCUCAGAAACCGUCUUCAGUGAUUGCCAUCAAGAUGGAUAUGGAACUUUUUCAGUUGGAGAUACCUUGGUGAUGUACAAUGGAACAGACACGUCUGGGAAUCAGAACUUCUGUAACUUCACCGUCACAAUCAAAGAGGUUGACCUAAUCUGCCCGUUGAAUUUGACGGUCUCGACUGAUCCUGGCUCGAGUACAGCCAAAGUCAACUGGCAAGAACCGGAUCUAACCGGAUGGGACGAGACAAACUUCACAUCGACUGCCUUUUCUGGAGAGGCUUUUCCAAUUGGUUCACAGAGAGUGACAUAUCAGCAGUGGUUUGGAAUCAACAAUCUGGUUCUGACAUGCUCUUUUGAAGUUGACGUUGUUGAUACGGAACCUCCUACAAUAAACAACUGUCCUAUUGACGUCAUCAUCCCUGGGCUAUCAACCAGACCAGUAUCUUAUACAUGGAGCCCUCCAUUCUUCUCAGACAAUUCUGCUGAUGCCCGGCUUGUUGCUGGAAGCGUCCCCUCUGAAGGUAGAGUUGAAGUUCUCUACCAUGGCCAAUGGGGUACUGUAUGUGAUCAUCAAUGGGACAUCACAGAUGCAAACGUUGUGUGCAGACAACUUGGCUUCAUAAGAGCAACUUCAGUGUGGCUGGGAGGACACUUUGGACCGGGAACAGGUCUAAUACACGAUGUCAACUGCAGUGCAAAUGAAAAACGACUGCAAGAUUGUGCUUUUUCAGGUUUGGAUUCGCACAAUUGUAGCCAUGGAGAAGUUGCUUCAGUGGCUUGUGACACAGAUGGUGUGCGACUUGUAGGAGGAGACGUUCUCGCUGAAGGUAGAGUUGAAGUAUUCUAUGAUGGCCAAUGGGGCACUGUAUGUGAUGAUGAAUGGGACAUCACAGACGCAAGCGUUGUGUGCAGACAACUUGGCUUCACUGGAGCAACCUUUGCGCGGCCGAGCGCAUACUUUGGAAAGGGAACAGGUCAAAUACUCAUGGACGGCGUCAACUGCAAUGGAAAUGAGGCACGAUUGCAAGAUUGUGCUUUUUCAGGCUGGGGUGUCCACAAUUGUGCUCAUGGAGAAGAUGCUUCAGUGACGUGUGACACAGAUGACUUGUCUACGAAUCUUGGUCAGUCUGUUGAUGUGGUGUUUGGUUGCUCAGAAACCGUCUUCAGUGAUUGCUACCAAGAUGGAUACGGAACUUUCUCAGUUGGAGAUACUGAGGUGAUGUACAAUGGAACAGACGCGUCUGGAAAUCAGAACUUCUGCAAUUUCACAGUCGCAACCAAAGAGGUUGACCUAAUCUGCCCGUUGAAUGUGACGAUCUCAACUGAUCCUGGCUCUAGUACAGCCAUAGUCAACUGGCAAGAACCGGAUCUAACCGGAUGGAACGAGACAAAUUUCACAUCGACUGCCUUUUCUGGAGAGGCUUUUCCAAUUGGUUCACAGAGAGUGACAUAUCAGCAGUGGUUUGGAAUCAACAAUCUGGUUCUGACAUGCUCUUUUGAAGUUGACGUUGUUGAUAACGAGCCUCCUGGUAUCAAUGGCUGCCCUGAUGAUGCGAUAAUUCCUGUCAGGUCGACCAUCACGGUAUAUCACUCAUGGACCUCGCCAGUCUUCACUGAUAACUCUGGUCAAUCUGUUGAUGUGGUGUUUGCUUGCUCGGCAACCGCCUCCAAUGAAUGUCAUCAAGAUGGAAAUGGAACUUUCUCAGUUGGAGAUACCGAGGUGAUGUACAAGGGAACAGACGCGUCUGGAAAUCAGAACUUCUGUAACUUCACAGUCUCAAUCAAAGUUGUGGAUCUGGUCUGCCCAGAGACCUUUUCAGUCGUGGCGAACCCUAUCGACUCUUUAACUAUAGUGGACUGGGAGGAACCACAUCUAACUGGUUGGAAUGGUACAAACUUUACAUCGACUGCGGUUUCUGGAGGUGGAUUUAUGAUUGGUGCACAUGAAGUGACGUAUCAUCAGUGGUUUGGAUUCAACAAUCUGGUGUUGCAGUGUUCUUUUGUGUUUCGGGUUAUCGGUCAGUGUGCGUCCGAAGUAACCAGAGAUACCAUGGUUGGUACCCUGUCCUGGCCGGUGACAGUGCCUGGUAUAACUGCAGAGUCUAUUGAGAGAUGCCCGCUCACUACGACGAACGCUGGAUUUCCAAGAGCCACAAGAAACUGUUCAACAGCACCUCCCCCUCGGUUUUUCAUGUGGAAGGAACACAUGAUUCAAAGCUGCGGUGAAGCGGUGAAGACUGUAACUGUUGAAGAUAUCGUUGAUGUUGAUGUGACGGAAGGAAAUGCAGAAGAAGUGGCCGAGUUUCUUGUCAAUCAAACUUCCUCGUCCUCUUCAUCCAGUGAAAGUGACGUCGAAGCGAUUUCACAGGUUUUGGAAAACAUCGUCAACGCCAAAUCUGGAAAUCCCGGGGUGACUGAUGCUGUGGUAGAGACAGUCUCAAAUGUCAUCGUGAACGCCAAAGAGACGCAAGAUUCCCCAGACAGUAAGAGCUCCUCGGCUAUCAUCCAGUCAGUUGAGGCUCAAGUUUUAUUGACCCUUCAGCAAGAAGGAAAUGUCAGUAUACAGCAGGAUGCCAUCCAUGUCGAGGCAGUGAGCAUUGACCCCAUAGACGCAAGUAAUGGAUUCAGCUUUGCAACAGCACAAAAGGAGUCAGCUGGCUCGAGGCCGCCACAAGAGGGCUCUCUUGAUGGGACUGAGAUCAAGACAUUCACAAAUGCCAGUGAGGUACCAAAGGGUGUGGUUGCAUCGAUUCAGUUACCAGCGAACAUUAAUGACCUGCUACCACAAGGUAGCAGUAGAACAUCAUUACGAGCUAGUUUCAUAGUCUACGCUGAUGAAACAUUGUUCCAGACUGGAGUUAUGGAAGGUUCAAACGGCACAAACAACUUGACAACAAAAGUCGCUGGGUCCAUCGUUUCACUGGCAGUAGAAGGUGUGGAGCUUAAAAACCUCACUGAUCCAGUGGUUAUUGACUUCAAGAUUCUACCCAAUGUAUCCCAAGAAGACAUCGCCACAAUCAAAUGUGUGUUCUGGGAAUUUGGUGAGGAGUCCAGUUUCUGGUCCACAGAGGGCUGCCAGCUUGCUGGGAUGACCGAUGACAAAGUGUCAUGUGUUUGUGACCAUGCUACUAACUUCGCCAUACUUGUGGAUGUGAAGGGUCAGAAACGUAGAGAGGAUGGUCUCUCCUUCACCCCAGCACUUGAUCUCAUCAGCCAAAUAGGAGGUGCUCUAUCAGUCGCAGCUCUUGCUAUUACAUUAGUAAUUUAUUUGUCUAUAAGCAAACUACGCACCGGCAAAUCUCGUCAGAUUUUCAUCCAUUUUUGUUUCUCCUUGUUGAUGCUGUACAUCGUGUUCCUGGCUGGCAUUGACAAUGGAAGGGGUUCUGGAGGAUGGUGUGUAUUUGUUGGAGCUCUGAUUCACUACUUGAGUCUGACCACCUUGAUGUGGAUGGCUGUUGAAGCCAGGAAUAUGUACGUCAGCACCGUCAAGGUGUUCCCUGAAGACACGCCACGAUACAUGAUCAAAGCUGGACUCCUUGCUUGGGGAUCUCCACUGAUUGUCCUGACCGCAACUUUGGCAGCAGCGACAGAAUCCUACAAGCAUGAUGAUUAUUGUUUCAUCUCUCCUGGUCUGCCCAUGAACCUCGGUCUCAUCACCCCAAUCGCUCUCAUCCUCCUCCACAACGUCAUCACUUUCAUCCUGGUCAUGCGCAGUCUCCUCAAGGUCAAAGAGGCAUCUCGGUCAGAGCAAAUAACCAAACGCCUCCAGAAUGCUGUGGGAAUCUCAGCCCUCAUGGGCUUAACUUGGUGCUUUGGGUUUCUGGCCAUUGAAGGGGCAACUUUUGCCUUCCAGCUCCUCUUCUGUCUGUUUAACUCCUUGCAGGGUGUGGUCGUCUUUGUCAUGUUCUGUGCUCGACGUGAAGAGGUCCGAGCAGCGGUCGCCCCUUACCUUAGACGGAUCUGCUGUUGCCGUGUCUGUCAAGCACCUGAGCUUCAUCCCGAUAGGUCCUACGAUCUCCCAACCUCUCAGACUGCACUCGGCACUUCAAGUAUUAACACAGCCAGCCUUGAUCUCUCCGUGUCUGUAGCAGUGGAGGAGUCACGUAAAAAAUAUGUAUCGACAGAGGCUCUCUGAAUUACAGGGCUUUUAAGUUUUCCCGGGAAGGGAUUUGAGGCUCAGGGAUGGGCAUAGCUUCUUUUUACUAGAGGAGCUUCAAGGUCAAAUUGAGUUUUAUGAUCCACUCACUUAACAAUAGAUAGAGUCCCAAUGAAACUGGGAACAAUUUUAAAUCUCCAACCUCACCUUUAACCUGUUCAAAGUGCACUUUGUUAUAUGCCCUUCAAAUAAGAGAAAACAGAUCGUUGUCCCGAUUAAUAUUUGGUAGCUAGACCCUCAAAAUAAUUCUACUCUAGACAGAUUUGAGAGUCUGAGAAAAGACUUACAGUGUGUAAAAAUUUUGCCUAUUUGUGACCUGGGCUUGUUGACUUCCAACUUGAGGUAUUGUGGAUGACAUAGGCCCUGAAAUAAAUGGUUCUUUGUCGAGAGGUGUAGGGACAUUUUCCAAGAUUGAUGCUCAGACUUGUAAAAUUAGGGGUGAUUUUAUUUAAAGAGAGGGACUGGAGAAUAAAUUAAUGGACCCUGUGACUCCCCAUAUCAACUUGAGCAGAGGAUAACAGUUUAAGCGUCAAUGAACAGAUUCCUUCUUUAAACGAGCUGCGAGACUUCUAAGUAUAUUUGGCUUUUUUUUUUUUUUUUUACAUUUGAGUCUUUUGCACCGUAUGCUUAUUAAUAUGCUCAGUUUUUGAAAGUUUAACACCUUUAGAGUGUUUUGCUAAACGGUGAUUCUUUGGUGUAUAUUCACUGAUUUUCAAACAAACAAUGUUUUCGUAAAUACGUUAUUUCUAAACGGAGUCGCUAUAUAGUUUUGCAUAGUAUAAAUAAUAUUGUCUUGAUAUCAUCAUGGCGCUAUAGGCACAGUUGUCUGCUUAGAACAUUUGCGAAGCAGAAAACAUAUCUAAGCUUAGGUUUUUCGUCUUGGUUAGAAUACAGUUAGCACUUCUUACUUGUGCUCAAAGGUAGCCUUGCUCAAGGCAGUCGAA